CGCCGAGAAUGGAGCUCUGGGGCACGCUGCGCCACAAGAUCAGCGGCGGCGCCGUCGACUCGGACUCAGACGCGUACGUCCAGCAGUUCUUUGAUGCGACUCCCGAAGAGGACGCCUGGGCCCUCGCGCACUACCGCGACGCCGUCACCGCCUUUGUGACGCAGCACGUGGCCGACGGCCGCCGCGUCGCGCUCGUCACGUCGGGCUCGGCGACCGUGCCGCUCAACGACCAAGGAUCGAUGGACGCCGUCUCAUACGGCGACCGCGGCGCCGCGAGCGCGGAGCAGCUUCUCCGCGCCGGCUACGCUGUGCUCUUUCUGCACCGGCAGGGCUCGCUCGCUCCCUUUUCGCGCCAUUUCCAGCGCUACAUCCAAGACAACGUGUUCAUGUCCAUGUGCCAAAUGGACGACGAAGGUAGCUUGGUGUUCCGCAGCGACGACGCCGACCGCAAGGCCUUCAUUGCCGAGGUGCUCGAGAGCUCGCAAGCCACGUCGGCGCGGCUCUUCCACCUCCGCUUCACGACGGUCCAGCAGUACAUGCACUACCUCCGCAUGGCCUCGAUGGCGCUCGAGGUCGUCAACACGCGCGGGCUCAUCUUGCUUGGCGCGUCGGUCCUCGACUAUUACGUGCCGUCGUCGACAACGACCGCGAUCUACUCCAACUUGAACGCUGACAGCAUGCCGACGUCGCCGUCCCAGAAGGAGAAGAACGCGCUCACGCUCAACCUCGUGCGCACGCCCAACUUGAUCCGGAAGAUCCGCAAGGAGUAUGCGCCAACGUCGUUUCUCAUCACACUCAAGGCCGUGGCCGACAAGAACCUCAUGCACGAAGCGGCGUACAAUGACAUUGAGCGCUGGGGCGUCGACCUCGUCGUCGCCAACUCGCCGAUGCUGCCCGACGAGCUCGCGCUCAUCUCGGAGCAAGAAGAGUUUAUCGUCGCACCCAAGCUCGACAACGACGUCGACCUCGACACGCUGUGCGCGGCCGCGCUCGUCGAGGCCCACCGCAACUUUACCACGUCGCGCGCGAUCCUCAAGCAGAGCAAGGCGCUGUUGCUCAUGACGGCCAAAUUCUCCAUGAUGAAGGAGAACGACACGCUCAACGUGGACGCGGAUGGGAACAAGAACGUGCCCUUCAAGAUUGGCGUCCGCGUCCGCGUCGACCGGUCGCUUGGCGAUGCGUCGCCGAUCUACGAGCUCAAGCACAUUUUCCAGAACCGCAGCCACUGCGCCCGCGUGCACAUUUGGCAGCGCGUCGACGGCGACAUGGAUGUCAUGGUGGCCUUUUCGCCGGCCGGUACGCCCGACACGGUGCGCGCGCUCUGGGGCGACUUUUGGGGCGGCUGGGCCGAAGACGAGAUUGCCGAGUUCAAGGAGCAGGUCGGCCACCUCUCGCUCGGCUCGGCCCUGUACGGCCUCGCGCAGGGUGUCACGGCGACCGUCGGCGGCGACUACUCGCAAGCGCACCAGAUGCUGAGCUACAUUGCGUCCAAGAUUGGCUCGGCGUGGUCGGAGGGCGAGCAGACGCGCAUUCGCCAAGCGAUCCAGAACAUGCUGGCCGUCAACUUUAACCGCGGUCUCGUCGAGUGGACUGACUUGCAUUCGGUGGACGACCUUCGGUUUGCGGCCUCGACCGUGCCGACCCUCCAGCGCAGCGGCACGAUGACGUGCCAAGAAGCCGAGAUGCUCUCCAUGCGCCGCAAGCCGCGCUCGGGCAGCGGCGACCUCAGCAACGACGGCGAGAGCGACGACGACAAGUAUGCGCGCGCCGAAGUCGUCAAGGUGCACAAGGCGCUGCUCUCGUACUUUGACGAGAUGGUGCAAGAAGGGCUCAUUGACGCCGUCUUGCCUUACGUGGCCAACGGCAUUCCCAUGCACGUGACGGGGUACUCGAUGGGCGGCAUGCUCGGCCAGCUCUUUUGCCUCAAGCUCGCGGACGUGGCGUUUGCCAAGUGCAAUGUGCCCAAGUGCAAUCUCGCCAAUGUGACGGGCGUGUUUUUCGGCACGCCGCGCGUCGGCGAUGCGGGGUUUGCGGCCCGCCUCAAGCUCCUCUACGGCGGGUACCAGCUGCUCAACGUCAUGCACCCGCUCGACACGGUGCAUGCAUUUCCGCCGACCUCGGAAGGCUACGCCGAUGCGAUGCUCAAGGUGUUUUUGAAGGAGGACGGCGCGUCGAUGGGCCGCCGCCGCGCGACGCGCUUUUCGAUGCUGCCGCUCUCGCGCCGCAUGGACAAGCUCAUUGACGCGGCCAAGGCGCGCUCGACCGAGCCGUGCAAGCUCUGUGCCCGCGUCGACCACGAAACGGACCACCACCGGUGCCGGUACUGCACGCGGCGCGGGGACCACCGCGGCGACGCGUGCCCGUACCGCGCCGAGGGCUGCGUGCUCUGCGGCAGCAAGCGCCACGCGACGGGCGAGCACCGCUGCAGCGUCUGCGCGCAGUAUGGCCACCGCGGCCGCGACUGCCACCAGCAAAGCACGGUCGGCACGCUCGAGAUGCUCGCGUACUUUCGCUUCCACGACUUUUUGUACUACAACAACAACCUCAAAAAGUCGGUCGAGUUUUCGACGGGCUGAGUUGCGUUGUGUGUGUAUAUUUAAUAGCAGUUUACUGCGUUU